CCGUUUUGACCUCGAUCGAUCCACCCAUGCAUAGUUGCAAAUUGUUCUCUUCUCUUUUAAUCCUCCUCCUCGAAUAGCUAGCUAGCUAGCAUUCCGGCCGGCUGCCUAUAAGUAGCACCCGGCCUUCUCACACCCUUCUUCUCAUCUCACACUAGCACAUAUCCAGCUGUCAGCAAGCUCACGGAUUCCAGCUUCCAGGAGCUCAGGUCACAGGCGCAGCAAUGGCGGCGGGGUGGACGGAGAGGCGGAACAAGCAGUUCGAGCAGGCGCUGGCGGUGCACGACCGGGACACACCGGACCGCUGGCACAAGGUCGCCCGCGCUGUCGGCGGCGGGGUGUCCGCCGACGAGGUCAGGCGAUACUACGAGCUGCUGGUGGAGGAUGUCGGCGACAUCGAGGCCGGCAAGGUGCCCUUCCCACCCUACAGACCACCCAACAACGCCGCCGCCGCUGCCACCGGAGGAGGAGUGCGACGCCAGGCGCCCCUGGCCGGCUUCGAGGCUGACAGGCUGAGGCAGUUGAGGAUCUAGAUGGUGUAUAUGGAGACCGAUCGAUCGAGACGAAGCUAGCGUGCAUGCAUGUGCAUGCUGCAUGGGAGAUAUCAUAUGAUAUGAUAUGUGCGUGUGCAUGCAUAUACAGUAUAUGGUUUCCAUGUCAACGUUCGCGUGCAAGGUCUAGCUGGAAGAAAGAGUCGACCGACCGACCAGAUGCAUGCAUGUUAAUAAUAGUACUAAUUUAUCGCUAGUGGUCUCUAAAUUACCUUUGCAAGUGUAUGUACGUUCGUGGUAGUGGUACCUCGUAAAUAUUACAUAUGGGCUCUACAAUAUGUAUAUCUCUUAUGCAACUGUGCCAUGCAUGUAUGCAUGUGUGUCUGUAUGUAUAUCAAGCAAGAAAUUAAUUAAACGUACAAACAUUUAGCCUUUUAA